AUGUCGGGCAUCUUUUCGGCCCCAUUUUUGGCGGAAUGUCCCUUUAAGGACUCUCCGCCCACCGCUCGCGCGAACCCGUCCGCGCCCCCCUCCUCCCGGCCAGCGACCAGGUUCACGUCAACAAUGAGUUUCUCCGCGGACGGCAGUGAAAAAAACACGCCAGCGUUUCACUGGUCCUCCGCCCGGCCGCGCAGCACCGAGCUGACACCUCUCUGGAGGCUCGCCAUGGCCGGCGGAAGGCGAGGGGCCAACCGCACCGCCUACUGCAGACCCCCGCUGAGCAACGACCCGGGCUCCGUCAGCAACGGGAACCACACCACCAGCUCGCCCGUCACGGGGGUGCGAUCCCGCACAAGGAACGGCUCGGGGACGUGCAUGUCCAGCCCCCCCCUGGCCACGCAGACGGUGGUGCCUCUGAAGCACUGCAAGAUCCCCGAGCUGUCGGUGGACCGGAACGUGUUGUUUGAGCUCCACCUGUUCUUCUGCCACCUCGUCGCCCUCUUCGUCCACUACGUCAACAUCUACAAGACGGUGUGGUGGUACCCCCCGUCACACCCGCCCUCACACACCUCGCUGAACUUUCAUCUUAUUGACUACAACAUGCUGGUGUUCACAGUCAUCAUACUGGCCCGGAGGCUGAUUGCAGCGAUUGUAAAAGAGGGGGAAAGGUCCUUCCCCCACUCAAUAUUUCUGGUGACGGCGCGGUUUGCUGUGCUGACGCUGACCGGCUGGAGCCUGUGCCGCUCCCUCAUUUACCUCUUCAGGACCUACUCCGUCCUCAGCCUGCUCUUCCUCUGCUACCCAUUCGGGAUGUACAUCCCGUUCUUCUGGCUGAGCUGCGACUUCCGGCGGGCGGGCUCUCUGUCCCCCAUCGCCAGCAUCGGCUCCAAAGAGGUGGGCAGCGUGAGCCGGGGCCGGGACUACUUCACCGUGCUGAAGGAGACGUGGAAGCAGCACACCAGCCAGCUGUACGGCGUCCAGGCCAUGCCCACGCACGCCUGCUGCCUCUCCCCUGACCUCAUCCGCAAGGAGGUGGAGUACCUGAAGAUGGACUUCAACUGGAGGAUGAAGGAGGUGCUGGUCAGCUCCAUGCUCAGCGCCUACUAUGUGGCCUUUGUUCCGUACGUGGACAAGCGCUGGUCUUGCGAGCUGUUCAUCCUGGUGUCGGUCAGCACGUCGGUCAUCCUCAUGAGGCACCUGCUGCCGCCCAGAUACUGCGACCUGCUUCACAAGGCCGCCGCCCACCUGGGCUGCUGGCACAAAGUGGACCCCUCGCUCUGCUCCAACGUCCUCCAGCACAUAUGGACGGAGGAGUACACGUGGCCACAGGGAGUCCUGGUCAAACACAGUAAGAAUGUCUACAAGGCCAUGGGCCACUACAACGUGGCAGUUCCCUCUGAUGUGUCCCAUUACCGCUUCUAUUUCUUCUUCAACAAGCCCUUACGAAUAUUAAACAUACUCAUCAUCCUCGAGGGCGCCAUGAUUUUCUACCAGCUCUACUCGCUGAUCUGUUCAGAGAAGUGGCAUCAGACGAUAUCGCUGGCCCUGAUUCUCUUCAGCAACUACUACGCCUUCUUCAAGCUCCUCAGAGACAGAAUAGUCCUGGGAAAGGCGUACGCGUACCCCAACAGCUCAUCUGACCAGAAGAGAUUCAAAGAGAACAGAUCAAGCUGA